AUGAAGCUUAAGUAGACUACUAUUGUAACUAGUAAACUCAUCAUUAUCAGCUCGUUGGAAGAACUGAACAGAUUCAAAAUAUAGAUCUUUAAUUAAUGAUUAAAUCUUUGAAGAAUAUUUUAAUACUUUUAGCUAGAUUUGAUUGAUAGAAUAGUUAAAUAAACACUUUGUGAAAAGUAAGUCAUUAUCAGAUAAGCCACUUUCCUUAAUUAGAAUUAAAAAUAAUCACUAAUAAAAAAUAUCAAAAUAUUUAGGAAUCUCUGUACUGAACUUCAUCUACAACCUCAAUUAGAUGAUUUUGCUAUUAUACCAAAAACCUUAACAUUAUUAAAUAAGGAUUAACCAACUCAAGGACUUAUGAUAAUAGAUAUUCUAAGAAUAAUCUUAUCAAACUCAAUCAUGAUAAAUAAAAGAAUUUAUGUCUUUAUAAAGAUGCUCUUUUAUUGUUUAUUUAAGUUAUCAAAUGAAUAAGAGAUCUCAUUUCAAUAGAAAAAGGAGCUAUUAGUUUUUUCUUUGUUCCUUGCUUACUUGUUUUGA